AUGGAAGUCAAAAAUAAGGAGUUUCUUCAGUGGCCUAAGCCCAUGAAAGUUGAAGCAAGCCAAAGAGAUGCUGACAAAUACUGUCAGUACCAUCGCACGCAUGGCCACGACACUAAUAACUGUUACCAGCUGAUCAGCGAGAUUGAAAGGCUGAUUAAAAGAGGACACCUGCGGAACUUUGUGAAAAAAUUGGAAGGAGAAAGGCCACAGCAAAAUCCUACUACAGAAAGACCUCGGAGUCCAGAAACAAGACCAGUGAAUGACGGUUCCAGUGGAACCAUCAAUAUGGUUGUCGGGGGAACUGGAGGUCGGAUGACCAGGAGAGGAAGAAAAAGGGGUCGAGAUAGGGAAGGCAGUAGUACUGAAGUCAUGCAAGUGGCAAAACAUUCUCCGACGGUCAUCUCUUUCUCCCUAGAAGAUGCCCACGGCAUUCAGAUGCCUCACGACGAUGCUCGCGUUAUUGAAGCCGUCAUUCACAACUACCGAGUCAGGAAGAUCCUGGUUGACGAUGGAAGCAAGGUGAACUUAUUGCCGUAUAGGGUCUUCCAACAAAUGAGAAUUUUCGAAGAGCAGUUUGUCCGGGAUUAG